GAGUUCCACUCCCUUCUUGGUCAGGUGAGGGCAGACAGCCCCGUAAUCCUUGUGCUGGACGGGAUAGAUGCUCUCUCCGAGGAGCACGGAGCAGACCUCUCCUGGCUGUCUACACCUCUCCCUCCACACGUCCACCUCAUCCUGUCUGCCACCACAGACUCUGCCUGCGCCCACACCCUGCAGAAGUCAGCCCAGCCCACUGUCCUGUCCCUACCACCCCUCAGUCCUGAUGACAUCACUAAGGCUCUAAAACAUUUCCCUUCCCUAUCCAGAUGUCAGCCCAGCCCACCGUCCUGUCCCUACCACCCCUCAGUCCUGAUGACAUCACUAAGGCUCUAAAACAUUUCCCUUCCCUAUCCAGAAGUCAGCCCAGCCCACUGUCCUGUCCCUACCACCCCUCAGUCCUGAUGACAUCACUAAGGCUCUAAAACAUUUCCCUUCCCUAUCCAGAUGUCAGCCCAGCCCACUGUCCUGUCCCUACCACCCCUCAGUCCUGAUGACAUCACUAAGGCUCUAAAACAUUUCCCUUCCCUAUCCAGAUGUCAGCCCAGCCCACCGUCCUGUCCCUACCACCCCUCAGUCCUGAUGACAUCACUAAGGCUCUAAAACAUUUCCCUUCCCUAUCCAGAAGUCAGCCCAGCCCACUGUCCUGUCUCUACCACCCCUCAGUCCUGAUGACAUCACUAAGGCUCUAAAACAUUUCCCUUCCCUAUCCAGAAGUCAGCCCAGCCCACUGUCCUGUCUCUACCACCCCUCAGUCCUGAUGACAUCACUAAGGCUCUAAAACAUUUCCCUUCCCUAUCCAGAAGUCAGCCCAGCCCACUGUCCUGUCUCUACCACCCCUCAGUCCUGAUGACAUCACUAAGGCUCUAAAACAUUUCCCUUCCCUAUCCAGAAGUCAGCCCAGCCCACUGUCCUGUCUCUACCACCCCUCAGUCCUGAUGACAUCACUAAGGCUCUAAAACAUUUCCCUUCCCUAUCCAGAUGUCAGCCCAGCCCACCGUCCUGUCCCUACCACCCCUCAGUCCUGAUGACAUCACUAAGGCUCUAAAACAUUUCCCUUCCCUAUCCAGAUGUCAGCCCAGCCCACCGUCCUGUCCCUACCACCCCUCAGUCCUGAUGACAUCACUAAGGCUCUAAAACAUAAACUCCAGACUGACCACCGCAGGCUCCAGGACUGGCAGUGGCAGCUUCUCCUCCAGGCCUGCCUUUCCUGUCCCUCCCCUCUCUACCUGGAGGCUGUCUAUGCUGAGUCUGUCCUCUGGAGCUCCUUCUCCCCUCAGGGCAGCCUAGGCCUCCCACCCGACCUGGAAGGGCUCUACGUAGGCCUGCUGGCUUGCUUGGAGAGGACCCACGGGGAGCAGCUGGUGGGACGGGCCGCCGCGGUUAUAUCGCUCUCCAGAGGGGGCGUCACGGAAGAGGAGCUACUGGACCUUCUGGGGAGAGAUGGGAAGGUUCUACAGGAGGUAUCGCUCUCCCAUUCAUCCUCCACUUCCUCCUCCAGCCUUCCCAGGGUGCCCUGCGUGCUGUGGGCGCGGCUGAGACGAGACCUUGGGGGUCACCUGACGGAGGCGGAGACAGAUGGGACGUGGGUCUACCGCUGGACCCACUCUGAGCUGGGUAGGGUGUGUGUGAAACGGUAUCUCAAAACGGACGAUUCCCGCAUGCUUCUACACGCAAACUACGCAGACUACUUCCUGGGUACGGAUAGCCCACACAGAAACAUAUUUCAGCCGCUGGCGUGGACAUUGGAGGAGGACUCGACCAAAAGUUAUGUGUUUAACCUCAGAAAGCUCCAUGGCCUGCCCUACCACCUGGUUCGGUCAGGCCAGAUACUGGCCUUCCUGUCUGAGUGUGUGUUUAACUAUGAGUUCCUGCUGCACAAGGCCUGGGGUCUGUCUGUGCUCCAUGUACAAGAGGACCUGAAGGGCGUCGUGCUGCCAGAGAAGGAGUUGGUAGAUAUGGAGGUGUUGGCUGCUACUCUGGAGCUCUCCAGGGCCGUGCUGCUCCAGGACCCCUGCCAGCUAGCCUCCCAGGUUAUGGGCCGUCUGGGACAGUUAGUUGCUGAAGACCUCCCCGUGGCUCCAGGUGACCCACAGAAGUUUAGCUACCUGCAUGCCCUGCUGGCCCAGUGUGCCCAUUCCUCUCUGCCAGUCCUGGUGCCCUCCUACAGCUUCCUGGUGCCCCCAGGAGAGAUCCCACACACCCUGCUGGCAGGCCACACGUCCAUAGUAACGGCCCUGACCAAGGGACAGAGGGGUCUGGUGGCAGCCACCUGCGAUGGGGACGGCACCCUGAAGGUGUGGGACCUGGAACUGGGGCGCGCCGUGAGGACUCUGGAGGGGGUGGGGGGCGUGGUAGGCGACUCCCUCACUCUCUGUCUGGAGGACAGUGUCCUGGUGGUUCAAAUGGGACAGAGUCUGCAGGUCAGAGAGGUGGAUUCUGGGAAAGUGAUCUACUCCGAGAGUGACUCUCUGGACGUUCCUGUGGUAACCACCACGUGUGACGGACAGCUGCUGGUGGCCUUCUAUGAUGGAAGUCAUCUGGUGAAGGUGUUCGACCUGGUCUCGUCCUGCUCUCUACUGUGCUGUGUCAACAUUACCCUGGACUGUGAGCCCAUCCAUAAAGAUCAUUCCGUACUGGUCUCCCACAACUCCAUCAAAGACUAUGUCCUUUUCGCCUACAGGUCUGGAGGUCAGGCAGCGGUGCUUAGUGCCAGAGGGGGGGCUGUGUUGUCUGUCCUCAGAGCCCAGCAUGGUGCUGCCUCCAUACAAGGAGUGGAGAUGACCAAUCAGUACCUACUGCUCUUCUGCAGGUACCCUUACAAGCGGGACAGUGAGAUCAUUCACAUUGAGCUGUACAGCACGGCCAGUUUCAAGUACGAGCGCUCCAUCCUGGGCUGCAGCCAGGACGACAUCUCCCAGGUCACCGUCAACCGGACGGGGACUCACGCCGUGGCCUUCUGCCCCUCCCCCCGCACCGGCAUCACGCAGGUCGUGACAUGGAACCUGGAGACAGAGGACCACAAACACAUCGCCCGUUUCCCCGGGAUACUGACUGCAGGUGUGUGCUUGGAACUGCGUUUCUGUGUGGGCGUGUGCAGUGGGGAGAGGUACCCAAGGAUGUGGGACUUGGCCUCCAGGGUCAACGACCAGACACUCACCUACAAUGUCCACAAGGUGAAGAGGGACGGCACAGAAGAGGUCAUCCUCAUGGGGAAACGCCCACGCUACGCGGUGUGCAAGUCCCUACGGCCUGGCACGGUACGGGUCUGGAACCUGGCCAGAUCCAGGUUCACAGGUCGACCUGUCAGAGUGGAGCACGGUCUCUAUGGCAACGCCGACGUGGCCUUGGCCCACGACCUGAAGCUGUACAUCCUGACAGACAGAGGGACGGCCACCUUCACAGACACCCCCUCACCCAUAUUCCAGACUCUACUGGUCUAUGACCUGAUCAAGAGAAGCUACGUGAGGAGACAGUCUGGUCUCUACAUCGUCCCCUGUCCCCGACACGAAUACAGGCUUCUGGAGGGGCAGCUACUUCUGGGUCUGUCUGAGACGAGGAACCAUCUGAUUUUGUGGGACCUGGAGUCUGGGUAUAUCAAAGGGAGGAUGAAAGCAUCCCACACAGAGUCUCUCCUGUCCAGCAGCACCGUCAGAGACAGACAGUCCCAGAUACCCUCAAAUGAGACCACAGCUCUAGUGAUGCCCUGGGACAGGCGGACAGAGAGCCACUCUGCUAAGUGUAGGAGGCUGGAGAAGGAGGAUCAGAGGGAGAAGGAGGAGCAGCGCAGUCUAGACAGGGAGAAAUACAACAACAUAGACCAGUACCUUCUCAGUGGGGACCAACAGGUGGUGGUGUGUUCCUAUUUCUCCCACCACCUCAACGUUUUCAGCGUGGGGUCCCAGGACCACCUCCACACCCUGGAGGAUAGGACAUCCCUGCUGAUCCUCCACACCGCCGCCCUCACACACCCCGGGGGACACCUGGUGCUGGCCAACUACAGCCAAGCUCAGCAUAUACCUUACCUCACCCUCUGGGACCUUCAGAAAGGCACGGUGAGGAAAAGAUUGAAGAACGAGCCAGGAGUCUGUUGUAUGGCAAUCACAGAUGAUGCCAGCAGAGUCGCCUUUGGGAUCAGCGGAUGUAACAAGCUUAAAGUGUGGGAUCCCUUCAGGAGGAAUCACAAGACUAUCUCUGGCUACGCCAGCCUGAGGCUAGGAGGAUCCAACCAGCUUUAUAUCACCGAGGGAGGAGCCAAAGCCAUUCUACUAGCAGGUGAGCUGAGCCUAUGGGACUUGGAGGCCUGCAACGUCCUCUCUGUCCUUUCCCCCGAUGCCCGCAUCCAGUGUCUGACCCUCCUUGGAGGAGACAACAGUAGCACCCUACUGUUGGGCCUUAGCCACAGCCCCGCCCUCGUCGCAGUCAGGCUGACGUCACAAUCGCAGGGGGUCGCCGUGGCAACCGGCCCCAGGGACCAAGACGUGUUCUCGGAGUCCAGUAGUAGCGAGGAUGAAGACGAAAAGGACAGUCGGACGCAUGUACGACUGGAGUAGAGUUUGUUCAGGAACUUGAUGUUAUGAGUAUUUGGAGAUAAUCUUAAUUUACCGAGACACUCCAGCCUUCGAACAGGAUGACCUGAUAAGUAGAAUGUGAAAUGUGUGUGUAUAUAUAUAUAUAAGAAAAGACAAGGAUUGGUGUCCCAUCUGCAA